AUGGCGGUCGCCACUGAGGGCGCCCGCAGGAAGGAGCGCGUCCUCUGCCUGUUUGACGUGGACGGGACCCUCACGCCGGCUCGCCAGAAAAUUGACCCUGAGGUGGCUGCCUUCCUGCAGAAGCUGCGAACUAGGGUGCAGAUUGGUGUCGUGGGCGGCUCGGACUACUCUAAGAUUGCUGAGCAGCUGGGAGAGGGGGAUGAAGUCAUCGAGAAGUUUGAUUAUGUGUUUGCCGAGAAUGGGACAGUGCAGUAUAAGCAUGGACGACUGCUCUCCAAGCAGACCAUCCAGAGCCACCUGGGGGAGGAGCUGCUGCAAGACUUGAUCAACUUCUGCCUCCGCUACAUGGCCCUGCUCAGGCUGCCCAAGAAGCGUGGAACCUUCAUCGAGUUCCGGAAUGGCAUGCUGAACAUCUCACCCAUUGGCCGGAGCUGUACCCUGGAGGAGCGAAUCGAGUUCUCCGAACUAGACAAGAAGGAAAAGAUCCGGGAGAAGUUUGUGGAAGCCCUGAAAACAGAGUUUGCCGGAAAAGGGCUGAGGUUCUCCCGAGGAGGCAUGAUCAGCUUUGACGUCUUCCCUGAGGGCUGGGACAAGCGCUACUGCCUGGACAGUCUGGACCAAGACAGCUUUGACACCAUUCACUUCUUUGGGAACGAGACCAGUCCCGGUGGGAAUGACUUUGAGAUCUACGCUGACCCCCGGACCGUCGGCCACAGCGUGGUCUCUCCGCAGGAUACAGUACAGCGAUGCCGAGAGAUCUUUUUCCCAGAGACCGCCCAUGAGGCCUGA